UGACCAAGAGAGGCCAGAAGUCUGUUGGAGGCGACAAGGACGACGAGAACACGAGAGAAUGGCAGCCUACACUACGUGCUCCCUGGCCGGUGCGGUGGCGGCCGCGGCGCUGGCGCUGGUGCUCGUCGCCGGGCAGACGGCAGGAGCGAGUGCCUUGAGACUGCAGCAACAGGCAGGCAGAGAAAACAAUGGAUCCCCAAACUUUGACGUCCUGUAUCAGCCCAGAGACCCAGCCACACGGGACGACCUCCGCCGGCUCUACGGCGUGCUGCGACAGAUCCUCUCCCCGGCCCAACAUGGCGGCCCCUUCGCUUCCGGGUCGAAGGUCAGACGGACCGGCUUGACGGAUGUGACGCUGCUGAACGAGCGACAUGGCGACCUGAACGAGCGCGCACGCGUGGCCUGGCUCCGUUUCCUGCUGGGAGGGAUCGACCCGGACGCAAGCGAGGCUCUCGCCAGCGAAGAAGAGGAUUAAGAUAACAAUACAGGUUUCGCUAUCGCAAACCUGUAAUGACCAAAACAAAGACCAACUUGUUGCAGUGAUAAUUCAACAUUUCCCUUAAUACCAAAGAAUCUCCCCAAAUUCUAUCAAUCGGUCUAAAAUCUAAUCAGAACAUCAUUUUUUGAAUAUGCACUUUUGCGUACUUAUAUAAGAAUCAAUUCCAGUGUUUUGGGAAGUGUUGAAUUGUCGGCAACUAAGACGAGCACACAAUAUUGGAGAUAAGAAAUAUAUAAAAUGGAAUGAUAUGAGUUAAUGGAAUUCUAUAUUUUCACCUUGCUGAUACAUGCAUAUAUAUCUCGUUGAGCGAGAUUAAUAAAUGUGUUGAGUAGUAGUUGUAAGAUACACAAUUCCGCACUGAUAGCACACCGUUAGCACUGUUUAUCUAUUUUAAGAACAUUAAAAUUCUGUGUCACUGGGCAGUUAACGUUAACAUCGCUAGGAAAAUACAACGACUGCGAGAUCGCUAGCACUCAGCAUUCAGACAGCUUUGUAUCCCUAAAAUCAAUUUUUACAUUUAAAAUCAGAAUACAUAUUUGGAACUCACAAUAACCAAAUGAAAACCACCAAUUGGCCUCAAUGUUUACGCUUCCAGCAAUAAAGUGACGUCUGAGGGUUUACUAGUAUAUACAGAUUGUGUCAGUACAAGAAAAAAAGUUUCUUUAUUGCACAUUCUUUAUAUCCACCAAUGUUUCGGUUACCGUCUGUCACUUUCCUCAGGUCAUCGAAACGCCAGUGCUAAUAGAACACCAGGCAUGGGAUUGUGUAACAAAAAGAGUCUCUUACCAAGCAUUUGAAACUAUUCACUGACCAGAAGUUAAAUAGCUUCUAUCUACAUUGUACCAUGUUCUGUGUUGGCCGCAUCAACCAGGCUGUUUAAAGAACAUCAAUUCUCAUUAGUGCACGUUGCAUAUAUGACCCUGCACGAAUACGCAUACGCGUGAAACAUGUAAAAGUGCAGAAAGCUGGAUGAAUACCAUCGCUACUCGUAACAGCCCGACAUGUUGAAGCUCCGAAAGCGCCACCAAGCGGUAUUUAGUAGAACUGUACCCACCUGUUGGGACAUGAAUUUUGUGUGAAGCGAGAUGAAAUAAAGGCACGCCCGUGACAUGGA